GUCACUCCAUGUGAACCCGCCAGGAGCUGAAGUGACUUCCAGCUGUUUUCUGAAGUUCUGCUCGAGCGGUGGACAACUGUCACUGUUUGUGUUUACUAACUCUACACAAUCACAGACUUGAAACAGCAGACAUGGCACUGACCGACGCUGACGUGCAGAAACAGAUCAAACACAUGAUGGGCUUUAUUGAACAGGAGGCCAUUGAAUCAGUUGAGGAAAUUCAUGGCAAGGCGGAGGAGGAGUACAACAUCGAGAAAGGUCGUCUGAUUCAGACUCAGCGGGUGAAGAUCAUGGGGCACUACGAGAAGAAGGACAAGCAGAUUGAACAGCAGAAGAAAAUCCAGAUGUCCAACCUGCUGAACCAGGGGAGGCUGAAGGUGCUGAAGGCCCGAGACGACUUGAUCGUGGAUUUGCUGAACGAGGCUCGUCAGAGACUUAGAGAGAUCGCCAAGGACCCUGUGGCGUACUGCACCCUGCUGGAGGGCCUCAUACUGCAGGGAUUCUAUCAGCUGCUGGAGCCAAAGGUCACCAUUCGCUGUCGGCAGCAGGAUGUAGAAAUCGUUAAGGCUGCAGUGAUUAAGACCAUACCCAUCUACAAAGAGGCAGUGAAGAAAAACAUUGCCGUCAGAAUCGACCAGGAACGUUUUCUUUCAUCAGGAAUCUGUGGAGGAGUAGAAGUGUAUAAUGAUAAUGGGAAGAUCAAGGUUGCCAACACUUUGGAGAGCAGGCUAGAGCUUAUGGCUCAUCAGAUGAUGCCUGAAGUCAGAAUGAACUUGUUUGGCGCCAACCCCAACCGCAAGUUCACAGAUUAGCAUUGGAUUUGAAGAGGGAGCGGUGCGGACACAGAUGGAAUAUUUAAGGUGACCACAGCACAACCACCUGCCGGUCACCAGGGUCAAAGAAAAGCCAGGUUUACUUAACAGGAUGCUUCUAUAUUACUUAUGAGUCGUCUAACGGACUGCUUGCAAUGGCUUUGAAAAUAUAUAUAUUCCCUUUGUUGUUUGGGGUAAACUUUUGCUCUUUCUAAGUUAUUAAAUUGAUAAAAUCUACAUGUUUAUGUCAGAAGAGACACACGUGGUCCUCCCUUAGACUUACUCUACAUUAUCUGUAGAUCAAACAGUAUCUGAAAUACUUUGACUUAGUGUGUGUGUGUGUGCGCAUCUACGUGUGUAGCAUAGGCCCAAAUAUUAAGUGAAGCCAAACCAUCUUGAUCGCCUCCUGUUGGCUGGUGACACUAUAGGUCAUAAACUCCACCUCUUCCAUGUAGGUGGAUGGGACAUGGAAUUAACUAGAAGGUCACAUGUUCAAUUACUUUCUAUUUCCUUUCAAAUAUAGUUUCUGUCAUUUUAGGUAGUUUCACACUGACUGUUUGUCCAAGUGUUCAUUUUUGCGUUAAGUUCGUAUCAAUUAGUUAUUUGAUGGUAUAAAAACAUGUUGAACAUGAUUGCCAUCUCCUGUAUUUGAGAUAUUUUGACCUUUUUUUGUUUUGCACAAUGGGAGGAAGUGGAGACGCGUCAUCCAUCCUUGUAUACAGUUUAUGUCCGGGAUUUGCAAGGGGGGAAAUAUAUUGUCUUCAUGUUUGUGUGAGUGGACACACGUCGUCCAUCUUUUUAUACAACCUGUGGCGUUUGGACACAGACGGGAUUCAAGUGUUGUGGAGCGCAAAAAAAACAUCAAAGAAAUAAAGUCAUGUUACACAUAGAACCCAGCAUGUAUGAGAUAUUUUAUUUACAGCUUGUAAACAAACAGUUUACUCAGGCUAUGUUCACUCUACAAUGAGGGAAAUGUAGUAGCCUAGGUGCACUAGCCACAUCGAAACGUGUCCUUCAUUAAAAAUGUAAAAAAACAGCUUUUAGUGCCACCCAGUGGACUUAAGUAAUGGCAAACAGUUGGCAAGACAAGCUGCCAUACUCCCUCCAUGAGCCUAACAAGUACGGUGUCCUCGCUAAACUGGACUCAAGUAUGAAAACAAUAUUUCAACACCACCGAUCCAACUGAAGUCAUUUAAGAAUUACAGUUCUGAUGCUUUGAAAUCUAUCAGGAAUGAUAAGGCUUUAAUUGCAUUUUUUUUUGUUAAGUUAAUGUGCGCACAUCAUUUGAAGCAAUUUAAAUGUUUUUAUGUGUAGCUAAGCAGUAAAUACAGGCCUAGGCUUCUUGCAGGUUUUAUCUGAGCCCCAAUAAGAUGUGAAGAAGAGCAAGUGAAGGCUACGAGACAGUGGCCCGGCAGUCUAACCUGUGGCCUUUAGGCAGGAAGUGAUCUGUGUGUUAGAGUAUAUUGUACACUAAUACAGGGAUUAAAGCAUUACCGUCAGAUUAACAAGUGACCUUAAAGACCCUGGCAGGCAGCACCCUACCAAUCCAGUGAGGGAAUCUGAGAUUACAACCGGGACCUCACGGAUGGAGUGGGAGUAAUGCGUAACAGGCUUGGCCAAACGAGAUCAAGCUCCUUUUUUCAGAGAAACGCGUCAAAGUCGAAAUCGAAGUCGACAUCACCAGCGUUUGAGGUUGCAGCCAAAUACCCGGCUCGACUUCUGAGGUCAAAUUUAGGCAAUCAUAGCUUUUUCUGCAUUUAAGAUUAAAGGGGAAUUUGUCACUUACAUGAACACUUUGUCAUCACGACCACAGGUGGUCAAAUUGGCAUUUUAUUUAGCAGCCUCAAACAAGCAACAUGCAGCAGCUCUUUCUUGACCUUUUGUGCAUCCCUUUAAAAAAAAUAAAAA